UUGAGCCCAGAAUGGAAGACUGUGCCCUGGGCAUCCUUGAGAACAUGUGUUUCUUGUGUGUAUGUGCAUGCUGGGGAGACGCACCGUGCCACAGCAUCCACCACUGCAUGUGUCUGGAGCCUGCAGCCCGGAAUGGGUGAUCUUUUCCACUGAGUGUCUCUGCACACAUUUGUGUGUGUGUGUGUGUGUGUGUGUGUGUGUGUGUGUGUUCGCAAUGCCCCACACACCUGUGCCUGUCCCGCGAGAGUGGAUGCAGCCCCUCAUGGGCUGGCACGCGACGGAAUGAGUAGGCACGCGGGGCCCAGUCUGGGAGCCUAAGUAAAGGAAGGCUCCGAGUGGCCCUGCGCGUCUCCCGCGUGUGUGAGCGCGCCGUGUGAGCGCGAGGAAGUGGUUGCUCUCCUGGCUCGCUCGCUCCCUCGCUCUCUCCGUGCCCGCCAGCCCGCCCGCCCGCGCGCGCAGCCCGCACACUCACCGCUUGGUUGCUGCCGGGUGACGCGGGCUGGGCCCGCCCCCUGCUGCCGGCCCCGCACUCACUUGCACCGGCCGCCGCCGAGCAGGCAGCAGCCGCGUCAGGGCCGUCCGGGGGCCACGCCGACGAUGCCCGCAGCCCCCGCAGCGCCCCGCGGGACCCGCUGACUUGCCCCCGGGCCGGGGUCACACCGGGCCGGGCCGGGCCGCGCGCCGCGGCGCUGCCUGCAUGACCCUCCGGCGGCGCGGGGAGAAGGCGACCAUCAGCAUCCAGGAGCAUAUGGCCAUCGACGUGUGUCCCGGGCCCAUCCGGCCUAUCAAGCAGAUCUCCGAUUACUUCCCCCGCUUCCCGCGGGGCCUCCCCCCCACCGCCGCGCCCCGCGGCCCCGCGCCCCCGGACGCCCCCGCGCGCUCGCCCGCAGCCAGCGCCGGCCCCCGCAGCCCCUCCGACGGCGCCCGCGACGACGACGAAGAUGUGGACCAGCUCUUCGGAGCCUACGGUGCCAGCCCAGGCCCCAGCCCGAGUCCCAGCCCCGCGAGGCCGCCCGCCAAGCCCCCCGAGGACGAGCCGGACGCCGACGGCUACGAGUCAGACGACUGCACCGCCCUGGGUACGCUGGACUUCAGUCUGCUCUACGACCAGGAGAACAACGCACUGCACUGCACCAUCAGCAAGGCCAAGGGCCUGAAGCCAAUGGACCACAAUGGACUGGCUGACCCCUACGUCAAACUGCACCUGCUGCCCGGAGCCAGCAAGGCAAAUAAGCUCAGAACAAAAACUCUACGGAACACUCUGAACCCCUCAUGGAACGAGACCCUCACUUAUUACGGGAUCACGGAUGAGGACAUGAUCCGAAAGACCCUGAGGAUCUCCGUGUGUGAUGAGGACAAAUUCCGCCACAAUGAGUUCAUCGGAGAGACUCGAGUGCCCCUGAAGAAGCUGAAACCCAACCACACCAAGACGUUCAGCAUCUGCCUGGAGAAGCAGCUGCCGGUGGACAAGGCGGAGGACAAGUCCCUGGAGGAGCGAGGCCGCAUCCUCAUCUCCCUCAAGUACAGCUCCCAGAAGCAGGGCCUGCUGGUGGGCAUCGUGCGUUGCGCACACCUGGCUGCCAUGGAUGCUAACGGCUACUCGGACCCCUAUGUGAAAACAUACCUGAAGCCAGAUGUAGACAAGAAAUCCAAGCAUAAGACCGCAGUGAAGAAGAAAACAUUAAACCCAGAAUUCAAUGAGGAGUUCUGUUACGAGAUCAAGCAUGGAGACCUGGCCAAAAAGACCCUGGAGGUCACUGUCUGGGAUUAUGACAUUGGAAAAUCCAAUGAUUUCAUCGGUGGAGUGGUUCUGGGCAUCAAUGCCAAGGGCGAGCGCCUGAAGCAUUGGUUUGACUGCCUGAAGAACAAGGACAAGAGGAUUGAGCGUUGGCACACACUCACCAAUGAGCUCCCAGGGGCUGUACUCAGCGACUGACUGUCCCAUCUGCUGCCACCCACCCUUGCCACCCGGCCCACACAGGUCCAACCCUGGGCUUUCUCAGCUGCCACCAAGGGCUGUGGCCCUCACAAUGGGCAAGAUCCAGGUUGUCUGCUCGGACAUAGCCACUGCGGCCCCAGCUAGGAGGCUAGGAGGCCAAGAGCACCCAGCCUCCCUCAGAGGGACAGGAAAACACAACACAAAACCUGUUUCAGCUCCCCUGGCACCCAAGAGGACCAGAGCUGGGAGGAGUCCUCAGCCUCAGCUCUGUCCAGAGGAAGGGCUAUCUACAGCGGGGACCUAUUGGCGGUGAGGGUGGAGCCCUGCUGAAAGAACAGAAGUGGGGGAGCUCUGGCUGCCUGGAGACCAGAGAGGACCACGGGCGGCGGAGCCCAGGACUCCAGGACAACGUAGCCAGCCAGAGCUUCCAGCUCGCUUAUGCCUAGCAUUGAUGGACAGAGAGAGUCUGUGAGCCUCUGGGGUGGGGGUUCCCAGGUUAGCAGGGCAUCUGGCUGCACAUAUUGCUUCAAAUGGGUGAGGUGUACCGGGAGCAGCCAGUUGUCUGCAGAGGCUGUGGGUACUGCCGACCAACCGAUGAAGGGUGGAGGGCAGGGAAGGCAUCCUGGAGGAGUCAGGGCUCAGCACAGUCUUGAAAAACCAGCUGUGGCUUGAAAGCUAGGAGAAAACCAAAUGCAAACAAGAGGAGGCCUGAAAGAGGGUACCUCCCAGUGGGCAGGGAGCAUGGGGGCGCAGGGCUGCACUGGGGAAGCACUGGGUUGUCAGGCAGGAGCUGGCUUGGAGACGUGUACAAGCACUCGGGGAGCUGAACGUUCAAACCAAGCUCUCCCGUUUGAUCUUGCUCCCAAGGGGCCUCAAUGCACUCUGCUCCUGUUCUCAACAUAAAUAUCCAGCCAGCUUCAGGGGAAAGAGAAGGGGAUCCUACUAAGACGGAAAGGGGCAAGCAUCCCUCCACCCAGCUGACCCUCCCUUCACCCCUUGGCCCAGGCUGGUGUUAAGCCCCUCACAGCUACCCGUGGCAUCCUGGCCCUAUCAAGAUUGUUGGUUCCCUUCAGGACUAGCCGUGGAAAAUAGUCUUGUUUGGGGGGAUAGGGGUUCUGCCCUCAGGAGCUGAGAGCUCUGGCCUCACUUUCUAGGAAAGGGUAGGACACCAGUCAGUCUUGAAGCUCCUGACUGCCUCCUGCCAACUGGGAUUCAGGAACAGGGGGAACAGGGAACCACAGAGUUCCACCAUCAUCUCAGAGCUCCAUUUUCCUCAACCCAUCACCAGGUGAUAAGACAGUGGGGCCCCGCCCUAAGCCAGGAACCCCCCUACAGCUGAAAUGAGGACUCAGGGCCUCAGGGCAGGACUCCAAUCCAAGUGCUCACCAGCCUUCCCUAGUUGGCAGGGAAAAUAGACCUCUAGCUCUCCACAGCACCAAGCCACCUGUUGCUUGUAGAGACUGGGUUUCCCUCUUGAAAAGGCAUCACCUAUGUUACUGAAUUGGCAGGCACCUUCUUAUUGAAUCUUCGCCAUCCUGUGUGGUAGGAGGCAUGUCAACCCAUUUUAUAAAUGAAAUGGUCCCAUAGUGGUUGGUAACCCAAGUGGCAGGGUCACCAAGAGCUGAAGCAGAAACUCCAAGCCCUUUGACCGUCUGAGGACAAGGACUCCAGGUCCUUUCCUCCUGAGUUAUUGGAGCUUGGUGAGGUCUGUCAUAGAGAAGAUUUGUUAUUUUCUGCCACCUUACUCUCUAGCUGGCUUUGAAAUCAUCUGUGCCAUUUAGGAUUUGCCAAAAGGCCACAGCCAAGCCCUGGAACUCAGCUGUCCCACCCCCAGCCUGAGUCAAGGGACUUAGAGGACAGGCCUAAUGUUUUUCCCAUACAGCUAGAAACAGGAGCUGGUAUUUUAGUGCACCUGGUUGAGUUCUGAGUAACUUAGAUUUUGCCUUUUGGGGUGCUUUGUUCAGAGAGGAGCCUGGAAACCUCCUGAAGAUACAAACAUUUAUUAGACAUGAGGUGACUGAGGAUCAGCAAAAGACAGGACUCAGGUGAACAAGAAACCCGGAUCCCUCGGUUGCCCAGGCAGUAAGUGGGCUUGGACCUCAAUGAUGAUCCUUGCCAAUCCCAGGACAGGCAGGGUGGGAAGCAGGGUUUCUAGCCACCUCGCGUGUAAGAUGAGCCCACUAAAAAGUGAUGGAACUUUCCCGGGAUCCUGGAAUGUUUCUAAAUCCCUAGUACAUUACAUCUCUACUAAAGGGGAAAAGCCCUUUGAGAAGUUGCAGAAUCAGUUCAGUCUUUCACUCUAGUAUCUUCCUUCUGGCCCAUCAGCGUUGCAAAGAGGGAAUUUGAUACCAAAAACAAAGGUCAUUCCAAAGUACUGUCAGUAAUCAGGGCAUCUCUUGAUGCCCAUCAUCCACUUCGAGUCCUUGUCUCCGCACCGCCCACCGCCACCGUUAGCCAAUCCCUGAACGGGCCGGUCUUCCAACCCAGAGGCGGUGACCUCCUGACCUCUAGUGGCAAAAACGAGGCGCUGCACCUCUGGCCCACCCGCCCGCCGAGCUCGGGCCAAGCAUGUCCUACCCUUCGUCCUCCAGCCAAAUGAACCUCCUGAUGCAUGGACUCUGGCUGUCGUCGACACAGACUCGUGCACUGCUUACAGUUUUGCUGCCACGUGACGGCUGCAGAAUACAUCCUCAUACUGCAGCGCCACGACACAAUUUUUGUAAUCUUGUCUGACCUUCCCGAAGGUGUCCUUUUUAAGUCUUGUUAAUAUUUAUAACGAUAUAUAAUUCAAAGUAAAUGAGAAAGUCGUACUGAG